CAAGGUUUUCUGCUUCAUCCAUCUGAGUGUUCAAGAGUUUCUGGCUGCUCUUCAUGUCCAUCUGACCUCCGUCAACUCUGGAGUCAAUCUGCUGGAAGAACAAGUAAUUACAUCCCAGAUGUCUGAAAGAAGAGAAGAAUCUGCAGGGAGACGCUUCUACCAGAGUGCUGUGGACAAGGCCUUGCAGAGUCCAAAUGGACACCUGGACUUGUUCCUCCGCUUCCUCUUGGGUCUUUCACUGCAGACCAAUCAGACUCUCCUACGAGGCCUUCUGACAGAGACACGAAGUAACAAACAGGAAACAGUUCAGUACAUCAAGAAGAAGCUCAGUGAGAAUCUGUCUGCCGAGAAAAGCAUCAAUCUGUUCCACUGUUUGAAUGAACUGAGUGAUCAUUCUCUAGUGGAGGAGAUCCAACAGUCGCUGAGAUCAGGAAGACUUUCCCGAGAUAAACUUUCUCCUGCUCAGUGGUCAGCUCUGGUCUUCAUCUUACUGUCAUCAGAAAAAGAUCUGGAUGUGUUUGACCUGAAGAAAUACUCUGCUUCAGAUGAGGCUCUUCUGAGGCUGCUGCCAGUGGUCAAAGUCUCCAACAAAGCUCUACUGUCUGGCUGUAACCUCACAAAGAGAAGCUGUGGAGCUCUGUGCUCAGUUCCCAGCUCCCUGUCUUCUAGUUUGGGAGAACUAGACCUGAGUAACAAUGACCUGGAGGACUCAGGAGUAACGCUUCUAUCUGCUGGAUUGAAGAGUCCAAGCUGUUCACUGAAAACUCUCAGUCUGUCAGGCUGUCUGAUCACAAAGGAAGGCUGUACUUCUCUGGCUUCAGCUCUGAGCUCCAACCCCUCCCAUCUGAGAGAGCUGGACCUGAGCUACAAUCAUCCGGGAGACUCAGUAGUGGAGCUCCUCUCAUCUCAACUGAAGGAUCCAAAUUGCAGACUGGACACUCUCAGGGUGGAGCCUGCUGGAGUCCAAUGGUUGACACCAGGUCUGAGGAAGUAUUCCUGUCAACCCACAAUUGACACAAACACAGUACACAAAUACUUCAAACUGUCUGACAACAACAGGAAGGUGACACAUGUGCAUGAGGUUCAGUCGUAUCCUGAUCAUGAAGACAGAUUUGAUGUUCCUCAGCUGCUGUGUAGAGAUGGUCUGACUGAUCGCGGUUACUGGGAGGUCGAGUGGAAAGGAGAGGUUUGGAUAACAGUGAGUUACAGAAGAAUAAGAAGGAAAGGAGGUGGUAAUGACUGUUGUUUUGGAGAGAAUGAUCAUUCCUGGAGGUUGUACUGCACUAAUGAUGGUCCUAUUUAUGUUUGUCACGAUACCAAAUUCGUAUCCACCACCACCUCCUCCUCUGUCUCUAACAGAGUAGCAGUGUAUGUGGACUGUCCUGCUGGCACUCUGUCCUUCUACAGAGUCUCCUCUGACACUCUGAUCCAUCUCCACACCUUCAACACCACAUUCACUGAACCUCUUUAUCCUGGAUUAAAAGUCUUUAUGGGUGCUUCAGUGAGUCUGUGCUGAGUUGAGUGUAAAGAGUGUCCUCCUGUUAGAGAAACACUGACUGUUGAACAGAUAGUUCAGUCUGUACAUGUCUGUCUCUUUCACUCAGAAACACCUUUUCAGAUUCAUGGAUUCAGUUGAUGU